AGAGAAAAAAAAGCACAAUGGAGAAGAAAGAUGAAUUAGAGUCAACCACCCACUUGGGUGGCUCGCAAACGGAUGUCGCCGACCAGGGUUAUUCAGCCGCCCGUGAUGCCAAGCCUAACAAUCUAACAUACAUCGCUGUGUUUGUUGCCAUGUUGGGAGCUAUGAUGUUUGGUCUAGAUCAGGGAAAUUUCGGUAAUGUACAGAGUUUCUCCGAUUUUCAGGAGUAUUGGUGUCUCGGACACGAUUACGGAGAUCAGAACACUUGCGGAUUAGGAACUGAAGAAACUUGUGCAGGAACCGCUGCCACUGAGCCAGUGUGUAUCAGUGCAGGUAUCACCGAUGAUAUGGCUUGCUGUUCCCAACUCGUUGCUGACAAUAGUCACUGGCACAACGAUUUCGUUCUUUGGGGUGCUACCCUGAUCACUCUAGGAGCCGCCGCUGGUGGUCUGCUGGUUGGUCCAUUCUUAACCAACGGUUUCGGACGUAGAUUGUGUAUUUGUGUCGGGGCCGUUGUAACUUGCGUCGGAUGUGUAUUCUCCUCGCUGCUCUCUUUCAACACAGUUCCCGUCUUCUUUGCUGCUCGUUUUCUCACCGGAUUUGGAGUUGGUGUGUGCUGCUUCGCACUGCCCAUGUAUAAUUCUGAGAUCGCUACCCCUGGAAUCCGCGGAAUGACUGGAUCCAUGUUCCAAAUGAAUGUUGUGCUUGGCUCGUUUAUCGCUACCAUCGUGACACUCUUCAUCAAGAAUUGGCACUUGGGACUUAUGCUUCCCGCUGUUCCUGGUGUCAUCAUUGCCGUUACAAUUUGGUUUACACCCGAGUCUCCUCGUUACGUGAUGAGUAAGAAGGGAUAUGAUGACGGAGCCGCCAUCCUCACCAAGAUUCGCGGCGGAGACAUCACCGCAGAAGCACAGGAAAUCUACGAGCAGUUGAAGGCAGAGGAGGAAGCUGGUUCAGUUUCGUACGGAGAUCUAUUCUCAGAGGCUAACUUGCGCAAGCGUAUGCUGAUCGGAGUCUUCUUGCAGAUCGCCCAGCAGCUAACUGGUGUGAAUGCAUUCCUUGGUUAUGCAUCUACUAUUUUCUCCGCCAUUGGUAUGACUGAUCCUUUUCUCUUCAAUAUGAUUUGGAACGCUGUCAUGGUGUUCGGUUGUGCCGUUGGUUUGGCUAUGCUGGAUUCCAAGAUUGGCGGUCGUCGCAGACAGUUGCUAUGGGCCACGUUCAUCAUGGGCCCUCCCCUCAUCCUUGGUGGUAUUUCUCUACAACUUUCAUGGAAUGGUUACAUCACAAUGGUCAUGGUUUGCAUUUACGGUUUCGGUUUCCAGCUCGCCUGGGGAAUGAUUCCUUGGAUCUAUCCCUCGGAAAUUUUCUCCAUGAGAGAGAAAGACAAAGCUAUGUCAUUCGCUGUAUUCUGGCAGUACUUGUUCAACGCCGUUAUUGUGUUUAUUACCCCUCACAUGAUGGGUUGGUCCACACCCGGUACCUUCUAUGUUUUCGGUGGUUUGAAUUGCGUCAAUUUGGCCUUUGUUGUCUUUUUCAUCAAAGAGACCAAGGGUGUACCUCUAGAGGAGAUUCCAGCUCUAUUUGGUGCGACAGUUGGAGGACGCUCAUACGCAUAAGCUUAUCAUGCAAGAUUAUCUAAUAUACAAGCUCGAAUAAAUAAAAUAAGUUUCAUGUA